UCCCUGUGCACUACGUCAUUUUCCCUAAAGGAGUCCUAAAUGUACACAAUUCUGACGUUGACUGAAUACAAAAACAACAAUACAAGGAUAUAUUCGGCCGAAGAUUCAAUUGAAGGAAAAGCUGGUUUACGACUGAGCCUGGACGUCAAGUUCAGGCAUGUUUUAUUCAUUAGAUGUUCAAAAAAAUACCGCACUGGAAGGAAUACUAAAAUUGCUGGAAGGCUGCCCAACAAUUUAUGGUCUGUUUUGGCGGAGUAGAAACCAUCUUGACUCCAGUACAUGCUACGUCAGUUUUAAAGCAUAUCGUAAAACAGACUUUGAAGUGAACGGAACCGAUGUGAGUACAUUUCCACACGAGGAUGCAGUCCGGGCAUUUUUAACAGCCGAAGAACCCAUAGUUGUGGAACUAAAGCGUAGGGUGUUGGAAACGAAUAACUCUAGUACGAGCACGAGCAGCAGUCUAUCAUGUGAUACCCAAACAACCCCAUGCUCGUGUCUAGUAUCAACUGCUGUACAGACGGAUAUUUCGGGCAUAGCAUGGAUGGAGGAUCCGUCUCUCGAAAGUUUCACUCACGACAUUGACUUGGAAGAAGUAACAUUAAGGAAGUGUAGUAGCGACGAAAAGUUAGGAUUAACGGUAUGUUACAGUUCCGGGUCCGAAGUUGAUACCUAUACCGAAGUUUAUAUUCGGGAAAUAGCACCACAUAGUGUAGCAGAAAGGGAUGGAAGAUUAAAACAAGGAGAUCAGAUACUCCAAGUCAAUGGCAAAGAUGUUUCAAAUAAGGAAGAAACUGAAAGUUUAUUCGCUGAAAAUAAUAAAGCAGUUACGCUUUUAAUAAGCCGAUGUAUGAAUCAGAACGAGGAUGAAGGCGACGAAAAUCAAGAAUCUCCAGGCAAUUUGCCAUACCAGAACAGUUUUAUUGAACAACUUCUUCAACAACAGCAACUCGAAUCUUUACAACAUUCCGCUUCAAAUGAACCAGCUCCAACUAUUCCUCCUCACUCUCAUAUGAAUCUCACAAAUUCCCUAGUACGAUCAAAAAUCGACUCAAUCAGCAAUGAAAUAUCGAAACUUGAUCAACGUAUGCAAAACAUACAAUUAAUUAGAACGGAAAGGCAUAAAAAUAUACAACUGUUACCAGAUUCUGAUACCGAACACAUUUACGAAACCAUUCCAGAGUCCGAUUUAGAACCAAUUUAUUCCUACCCUUAUGAACCAGAUCAAGAAAAUAUACUAAAGAAAUGGUUAGUAACCAAGGGGACUGACUGGCCGCAUCCACAGGCUCGGGAUUGCAAAGAGAGAGAUGCCAAAAUAAAAGAUAGUCAAAUUAGAAGUAAAUCAAGUAAAAGUAACAGCAGCGAAGAACAUGAGAAUAGUUCUAGUGCUUAUAAUACCGGAGGAUCGAGUAAUAGUAACCAUUUAACGUUUGAACUCGGUUGUUACGCUGAUCCUCGACAAACUGAAACUUACAGGUCGACACUAAUUCUAUGUUCUUCAGCAGACAAAAAAGCUACCAUGAAAACUACGGAAAUGUUUGAAAACUGUGAUACUUGCAAAACGCAGGCUGUAACCCAAAAAAAGAAAACCAAAGCCAUUAGUUCAAAGAAUAGUCCCUCUUCACCAACUCAACGACCCCCAGCACAUCUAUUGUCAGACACCAUGUACACUAAUAUAGCUAAUCUUCAACAAACCAUGCUGCUUCAGCAAGAGCUUUUUAGACAAGCUCUUGGGUAUCAAGACAUUAGCAACAAACCAACUACUAGCUUUACUUCACCUAGUCUAAGCCAAUAUCAAUUUUCACACACCCAAUUCGCACAUAAAAAGUUACAAACCAGCGCAACUGUUGACACAAAAAUGGAAUGGAAAGUUAAAAGAAGACCUGACGGUACCAGGUACAUUGCUCGAAGACCGAUCCGCAAUCGAAUUUUAAAGAACAGAGCUAUUCGAAUUUCGGAAGACAGAGCUGGACUUACAACUGAAGACGAUACAAUUUCGGAACUGAAAGUGGGGCGCUAUUGGACAAAAGAGGAAAGAAAAAGGCACCUAGAAAAAUCCAGGGAAAGAAAGCAAAGACAAGAGAUUUUACUGGCGUCUAGAUAUGUCGAAAAUACUGAAGUUCGAAAAAAUGAAAAAUUGGCAUCCACAAGUAAAAAGGCUUCAUGCUCGGCAGACCCCACGAAAAAACACAAAAACAAGAAAGGGCAUAAAGAAGGCGAACUCACAACUGUUCAAGAUGUACUAGUUCACGGUCCAAAGAUGAUCUCAAACCCAAAUAGCAAAAUGAUAGGAUUAUUGUCUGUUACUACAGUUUAGUUGGUUUAUGUAUGUUGUAGUUUAGUAUAUCAGUAUGUAGCACUCUGCUUCUCAAAGAUAUUUUUACAUUGUUUCCGAGUUGUUAUUAAAGCACUAAUUUUUUUGUAAAUGUGAUGUUCUAUUUAGCUUAUAAUAAACCAUUACUUAUGUCA